CUCUUCCCACUCUUCCUCUCCCCCGUCUCCAUCCUCUCUCACCACCCACUUACUAUCUCUCUCUCUCUCUCUCUCUCUCUCAUCUACCACUUCACAACCACAAAAACAUUUCCAAAAUGGCCAACGAGCGCGAGAGCAAGACCUUCCUCGCCCGGCUGUGCGAACAGGCUGAGCGUUACGAUGAGAUGGUCACCUACAUGAAGGAAGUCGCCAAGAUCGGUGGCGAAUUGACCGUCGAUGAGCGCAACUUGUUGUCCGUCGCCUACAAGAACGUCGUCGGCACGCGACGUGCCUCAUGGCGCAUCAUCUCAUCCAUCGAGCAGAAGGAGGAGUCCAAGGGCUCUGAGAAGCACGUUGGCACCAUCCGCGAUUACCGUCAGAAGAUCGAGACCGAGCUCGAGCAGGUCUGCCAGGAUGUUCUCAACGUCCUUGAUGAGUCGCUCAUCCCCAAGGCCGAGUCUGGCGAGUCCAAGGUCUUCUACCACAAGAUGAAGGGUGACUACCACCGUUAUCUCGCCGAGUUCGCUUCUGGCGAGAAGCGCAAGGUCGCUGCGACUGCCGCACACGAGGCGUACAAGACCGCAACCGAUGUCGCCCAGACUGAGCUCACUCCCACUCACCCCAUCCGUCUCGGUCUUGCCUUGAACUUCUCCGUCUUCUACUACGAGAUCCUCAACUCGCCCGACCGUGCUUGCCACCUCGCCAAGCAGGCUUUCGACGAUGCUAUUGCUGAGCUCGACUCUCUCUCUGAGGAGUCCUACCGGGACAGCACCCUCAUCAUGCAGCUCCUCCGCGACAACCUUACCCUCUGGACAUCAUCGGACGGUGCUGAGGCUGAGCAGUCCGCCGAGGCCCCCGCUAAGGAGGAGACCAAGACAGAGGAGAAGCCCGCUGAGGCUCCAGCAGCCGCCCCCGCUGAGGAGCCGCAGCAGCCUCCUGCAGCCCCCGCUGCCGCUUAGACAUUUUCAUCUCGUUGACCAUGUCCUCGCGGUCCGGUCGUUCUCGUCCAUCCACAAGGGACGGAUGAAGGCGAACUUCACGGUAGCGAGUGUCUCCCGGAGUUGUGUGUCUAUGUGAUUUCGAAAAUUGGCUUUAGCAGCAAGCGGCUCGGAUCUCCCAAAUUCUCCACGACUCAUGUCUGUUUCUGAAUUCCUCUCACGCUCAGCACUGUCCCCUUGACGUUUACCCCCCUGGUGGAUUGGUUUAACUCGGACCGUACGAGUGGUUGUCUUUCAUCACGGAAGCCGGCACUCGUAAUGCGUUUGGGUGGUGGGC